AUGUCUGGAUUGAAAGAAGUUAUUUAUUGUGAAGUUUGUUCCUACCCACCAGACUAUUGUGAAUUCUCAGGUAAAUUGAAGCGUUGUAAGAAAUGGUUAAAUGAAACACAUCCAGAUUUAUACGCUAAAUUAUAUGGUGAUUCAGGCGAUGAUGAAGUCACUAAUUUAGGUAAGAAGCUAGUAGAAUCUAGUAUCGGUGAGGAAAGAGAGAAUAAGUUGGAAGCAGAUCUUCUAAAAUUACAAAAGAGAGAAGAAAACAAAGAGCAAAGAGAAUUGGCCAAGAAAUUGUCAUCUAAAGUCAUUAUUAAAAGAGAAGCAAGAACUAAGAGGAAAUUUAUUGUUGCUAUUCAAGGUCUUGAAGUCUUUGAGAUUGAUAUGAAGAAGUUAGCAAAGACUUUUGCAUCUAAAUUUGCUACAGGUUGUUCUGUAUCUAAGAAUGCUGAAAAGAAGGAAGAAAUUGUUAUUCAAGGUGACGUUAUCGAAAGUGUAGAAAGUUAUAUACAGCAAUUAUUAGCUGAAAAAGGUCUACAAGAUGUAAAAGUUGAGGUCAUUGAUACAAAGAAGAAAAAGAAGCCAACUACUAAUUCCACUGAAAGUAAAUGA